AUAUAUCGAUGUUGCUUAAGGCAUCACUGACACAAUUUAUCGGGCAGGCAUAAAACAUUGUUAUUAGUUGAUAUAUUUUGUUUUGUAAAUAUUAGAGAAGUUAAUGCAAGUCAUGGCAACACAAAUUACAACAAAACAGCGCCUGGAGCGGCUAAUGACUGCUAAAAAGGAUCUGGAAGCACAAAUCAGUCGCAAUGGCGAAAUAUUGGCAGCGAACGAUAAUGUAGGCAUGAAUGGCCCUCUUAUUGACGCCGAGGGUUAUCCUCGCAACGACAUUGACGUUUACCAAGUGCGCCAAGCGCGUCAGACAAUUAUCUGCCUGCAAAACGAUCACAAGGAACUCAUGAAUCAAAUCCAGGAUCAGCUGAAUAAAUAUCACGCUGAGAUAGCCACCACAGACCCAGAGCUGGUGAAUCGCGCCUCCGCUCUGGAACUAAAUGAAAACGAAAGAGGAGCUGGCGGAGCUGUAUUGAGUUCUGUGGACUCACGCGUUUUAGUUAUUGUCAAUCUAGUUAGUCCUAAUUCGCCGGCAGAAGAAGCAGGUCUUCAUGUGGGUGAUAGAAUACUGCGAUUUGGCUCUAUUAAUGGUAACAACUUUAAGGACAAUCUCGCUCAAAUUGGUGAAGUAGUGCGUAACAUGCAAAACCAAAAGGUCCAGCUGAAGAUUAAGCGAGAGGAGCAGAUACUGGACUUGGUUCUAGUACCCAAGACAUGGACAGGACGCGGCUUGUUGGGCUGUAAUAUUGUGUUGCCGCCAGAGCAAAUGGAGCAUUAGCAUUUACGUAGACUUAGACGUUCUUUUAUGC